AAAAAAGCACCAAUGAGUCCAUGACUUGUGUAAGAAAUGAUUAGUCCUUUCAUCUAGAGAAAUAGCUCCCUUUUCAACAGUUGUCUCUCUUAAACAGUAUUUAGUAUUUGAAUGAGGUUGAAACAGUGUCAAAAGGAAAGUAAAAGUGAAAUUCUGUCUUUCAGCAUAAAAGCUGAUCCACAAACAGCGGAGCACCAGACCUCACCUUGGCUUGGAGAUGGCUUCGCCACAGCAGGAGCCCAAACCGGGAGACCUGAUUGAGAUUUUCCGCCUUGGCUAUGAGCACUGGGCCCUGUAUAUAGGAGAUGGCUACGUGAUCCAUCUGGCUCCUCAAGUGAGAAUGCCUCUGAUUGCAGAUGGGUACCCCGCGGCUAGCUCCCCCAGUGCCUUCUCAGUCCCGGGCAGCAUUGCAGUGGUGAAACAGGACCUCCUGAAAGAUGUGCUGGAAGGCUGUAACUAUCGGGUCAACAACCGCUUGGACCGUAGGUACAAACCACUGCCCGUGGGGGUGAUCAUCAGUUCUGCCAAGGAGUUGGUUGGUCAGAAGAUGAAGUACAGUAUUGUGAGCAGGAACUGUGAGCACUUUGUCACCAAGCUGAGAUAUGGCAGGUCCCACUGUCAACAGGUGGGAAAUGCCGCGGCUGAAGUCGGUGCGGUCGCGAUGAUUGCAGCGGCUGUUGCUGGAUGCUCUUUGGCAAUUGUGAAAUACCAAAAGUGACAGCCUGAAGCAGCCACAAAAUCCUGUAUUAGAAGCAGAUGUGGGGGUCCCAGUGGAGAUGUGGGGGUCCCAGGCCUCCCCCACACCUCCAGCAGCCUGACCCUCGUGCUCUGUCUCAGGCUGUCUCUAGAUCCUUUCCUCUGUUUCCUUCUCUCGCUGGUGAAAGUAUGAUCUAAUUGAAACAAGAUUGAAGGAUCAAUAAACAGCCAUCUGCCCCUUCAGAAA